GUCUUCUGAUUGGCUUAGGAAGCGGCCGGGCUGCGAGGCGUGUUCAGCAGUGAGAACCAUCAAAACACCACGUAUUUUUUCACUGUAGAGAUGAAAAUAAAGGCACAGCGGUACCGAAAACGGCUGUAGACGGUAGAGGAAGAUAAGGACUUCUAAUAACUGCAGGUGUGACAACCGGACGAAGCAGCAUUAGCGGGAAAUAAGGGAAUAGCGGGCCUCCCAGCACUCCCCAGCCGGUGGCAAGAUGGACGAGCUCGGGGUGGAGGUUCUCGGGCCUCAUGGAGCUUAUUACAAGGCAUCUGUUGUUGAUGUGGUUGGAGAUGAGGUUGUGGUGCGCUACGAGGGGGAUUGGUGUGCGGAGUCUCGGGUUGCCAUGACUGGCGUAAGACUAGCUCCUGCAGCAGGACCCCUGCCUGUUGAGUACCCUGAAGGAGCUGAAGUAGAGAUCUAUGACAAACUCAUGGGUGCACCUUAUUCUGCCUUUUGGAAGGCCACCAUACGGAUGUCCAAAGGUGACUUCCAUGUAGUAGAACUAAAUGGUGUUUCAAUGCCAAGUGGUGAAAAUAUCUUUCCCUCUGAGAAGGUUCGACCAAGAAAUGUCAAUCCUCCUGUUACGGCAAAGACCUUUGUAAGAGUAGAAAUUGAAGUUCCAGAGGACAUUAGAGACUAUGCUCGGAUGGAAAGUGUUCACAAGCCCUUCAAAAAAGCCUGUAAUGCAAGUAGUUGUGUCUACAGUCCUGACACACACAGUCUUGUCUUAUUAUCACGGAAUGAUCAGUGUCUGAAACUGGCUCAUAUGUUAUCUGAUAUGCAUUUUCGAAAUCUGAAGCAAAAAGUGGUCUUACUUUAUCGGACAGAAGAAGCAGCAAAGCAACUUGAAUCUACAAAGCUUCAGUCCACAGCAGGGUAUGUAGAAGAAUUCAGUGUCCGAGAAGACCUCAUGGGACUUGCCAUUGGUGCUCAUGGGGCAAAUAUUCAGCAAGCUCGCAAAGUGGAAGGAGUUACUAAUAUUGAAUUAGAAGAAAAUUCCUGUGUAUUCAAAAUAUAUGGUGAGACUGAAGAUGCAGUAAAAAAAGCAAGGUCCAUGUUAGAGUACAGUGAAGAGUCUGUACAAGUGCCACGGGUUCUUGUAGGAAAAGUUAUAGGCAAAAAUGGCCGUGUAAUACAAGAAAUGGUAGACAAAUCUGGUGUAGUAAGAGUGAAAAUUGAGGGAGACAAUGAGCCUGAGCCCACAACACCACGAGCUGAGGGUCAAGUUCCCUUUGUUUUUGUUGGCACUGUUGAAGCCAUAGCCAAUGCUUCCAUUCUACUUGAAUAUCAUUUAGCUCAUCUUAAAGAAGUGGAACAGCUGCGACAAGAAAAGCUUGAAAUUGACCAAAAAUUAAGAAAUAUGCACACAACUAAUAGUGUAGGAAGUAAUCAGGGCUAUCCACCAAGGAGAAAUGAUCGGUUUCAUUACAGUGGCUACAGUAGUGACAUGGAAAUGGGAGGACGUGGUCGGGGACGUGGAGGUCCUCGGGGCGGCCGAGGGAGAGGCGGUGGCAGAGGCAGUGACCGCUACAAUAACGACCGUUCUGGAACUGGACGAUGGUCACGUCAGGCAACUCCAGAGUGGGAUGAAGGUGAUGCAUCACUACCACCCAGGACUGCACGGCGGCACAAUGAAGAGCGGAGACGAGUUGCAGAUGAGGAGGAGACAGUAUUAGAUGCUGCAGAGACUGGAAGUGUUGGAAGUAUUGAUAGAGAUUCUAUAACAAGUGAGGGACGAAGACGCAGGCGUCGUCAUCGUAAGGUCCGUCGUCGAGGUGGUGGUAGUGGUAGUGGGGAAGGUGGAGAUGGAGAGGUCUGGGCCACUUCUGCUGAUGAAGGCUGGCCUGCUUCUGUUGAUGAAAGCUGGCACACUGCUAAUGAAAGUAUGGUUACUGAGGAAAACUGGAAUGCAGCAGGUGAAAGCUGGGAUAGUCAGUCAGCUCCUGGACGAGCUACUAAGGAACGUACUCCAGGCUCUGAAACUGGCAAUCGUCGAGGAAGGGGGAAAGGCCAUUUUGAUGGACCUCCAAGCAGGGAGGGAACACUUCCUCGAAGGCGACCUCCUCGCCAUGAGGGCACACCAGCUCGUCAGUCUCCUGGGAGGCGUCCACCUACACAGCCCAGAAAGCCUAAUGCAACAGCUGUAAAUGGUAACUAAAGCACACAAACAGUGGCCCUUUUCCCUAACCCAUGGCAUCUGUUUAACUAAAAAGAUAUAAUACAGUCUUACUCUCAUUUGUUUUAUUAUGCAGAAGCUGAAUCAGCCAUGGUAAAAUAUGGGAGGAAGAGCCAUCUUGAGAUGUGCUAAUGAAGACAAAAUAAACCUGAAUUUUUGCCCCUUUUAUUAACGUUAAUUACACAGUACCCUGAAGUUGACUUUCCUACCAUGAAUUCAUGAUGUAUUAAGCAACACAGCCAUCUCUGAGAUGGCAAAAAGAACCAGACUUGGCUAGAAGUUUAACUUUGUGAGAAAGGCAAAAUAAUCCAGUUUAGAUAUUUUGGCUUAAAGUAGGAGCUUAGGUUUAAGAAUUAUAGAGUUUGAAAGACACAAAAGUCUAAAGACAGAUUGGCUUGGUAUAUAUAUAUAUGGAAAUUAAUAAUGCAGUAAUGUAACUAACAUACAAGGUGUUUUGUUUGGAUUUGGAAGAUGUUAGAUGUUUGCAAAAAAAAUCUGACAGCCUUUUCAGAUAAAAAAAUUAGUUACCUUUAAUUGAUAUAUAUAGUGCAUUAAUGUUAAUUGCAGUUAAAAUGUUUAUUGGUUAUGGAUUGUCAUUGAAAAUAUCUAUAACUAAUAAAAAUUUCAUAGAAUAUAUAUGCAAGAGCACACUCAUUUUUAGGAACUACAUUGUGACAAUGAUGAUUACCUCUGAGAUUAAAUAAUUUAAAUUUGAGGUAUGUGUAGGUCAUUCUGACCAGGGUCUGGAAGGAGUAGAGUGGUGCAUAUUUUUUGGCUAAUUUUUAUCCUUAUAGAUAUCAUUGCUUUCCUUUAGUUUUCAGCUGCAUUUGCCUGAAGUUAAAACUGCAUGUGGUUACUAAAUAUAAAAUUAGGUUAACAUUUUGAGUCAUUUUCUCUCUCUGAUGUGACUGGGUAUGGGUAGUUCCUGCACUAGACAUGGCUCCUUCCUGGAGAGGUUACACCAAGCAGAGAGGGCAAGGUGCUCUCACCCUCAGGAGCAUGUUCUAUGCCAUCACUUGUUAAUGGUAGACAUUUGUUGCAUGCUAUCUGAGAUUUGGAGGGAUGAACCUUAUGCAGUACUUUGCAUUGGUUAUGUAGCUCUGUGAAUAUUUUUACUGAGAUCAAAAGUAAAAAAAAUUAAGUUUUGAACAUAUUUGAAAACAUUUUAAAAGUAUGUUGUCCUGAACUUUAGAACUUCAUUCAUAUGUCUUCUAUGAAUUAUCAUUUGGUGGAAAUAUUGAAUUGUUUCAGAAUUCUCUCUCUCUCUCUCUCUCUCUCUCUCUCUCUCUCUCUCUCUCUCUCUCUCUCUCUCUCUCUCUCUCUCUCUCUCUCUCUCUCUCUCUCUCUCUCUCUCUCUCUCUCUCUCUCUCCUCUCCUCUCCUCUCCUCUCCUCUCCUCUCCUCUCCUUUCUCUCUCUUUCCAUACUUUUAAAGUAAAGUUGUAUCCAUGUAAGAUGUAGAGGUCAUACUCUGUGAUAAGUAUGUAUUGUUGAUUGAUUUUUGUUAACAGAUCAGCUUGGUGAACACUGCUGCAUGUUACAUUAUAUUCUUUCAUGAAUAUGUUAAUAUCAAAUCCACAUAUGUAGAGUAUCCAGAAGCUAAAUGGUGAAAGUUGUUACCUGUUUUAGAAAUGUUUAGAGUCAAUAUAUUUAGUCACUAAAAAUGAUAUGCUGCAAGUGCCAAAUUGUGUACAUUAAAAGAUAUUUGAAAGUCUCAUUAUAUUUUAAAGGGGAUGAUGACAAAAGUAAAAAGUAUAUAGGGCCUCUUUUAAUGAAAGAAGUUAUGUAUCAUGUAUGCAUGGUUCAUGACAAUAAAACUGGACCUGUGAUAGAUAUCAGCCUGGACAUGCAGUCUGUGAGGCUUGCAUACAACUGACAUAUCAGUGGAGUAUGAUUUUCAGAGUAUUCAAUACAAACAACUAUUUGCACUUGAAAGCAUAAGGAUCUUAGUAUUGAUCCAACUACAUUGCCUCAUUCACAAUGUUACAUUGACCUGAUGUAAAUUAAUGAUAAUGUGCACUAUACAUACUAGUGUUGAGUGAACCUAUCCUCACAACAGGAGCCAAGCUACCUUCUUACAGAAAGCUAUGAGGAUCCCAUUUGUACCAUAAUAGAUUUAGACUGCUAACAUUGUGGGUGCAUCUCUUCACAGGAUGGGACACAGAACCAAAGGUGUAAAGAAGGGAAGCACUUAGGGCCAUUUUCAUAUUGGCAAUUAGCGUUUUUAGUUUGAUUUUUCUCAAAGUUCUUUCUCCACUUCAAGCUAAAGAAAACUGGUAAGUCUUUCUAUGAAACUUUUCUGCACCUGGGGCUUACUUAAAUUGAAAUAUUUUGGGUUGAGUACAAAACCUGACUUUAUAAUAAUUUUUUUGGUUUCUUAUGAAGUGUUUAGUGUUAUUCACCUUUUGUUACUUUAUCUUUUACUAUUAGUGAUGAUACUUAUUCAGCAAAUUAAGUCUUGAAGUUUCUUACAUUCAUUUCUAUCAACAGAAACAUUAUAUAGUUUUAUGCCUGGAUGUGAAAUGUGGAGGUAUGUACAACCAGAGAGGUUAAACAUUCUCUGAUGGCCCAUUGUCCCUUUCUUUACCUUAUCUUGGCUACACAGUUGUGUUUUUGUACACUUAUCUAGUAAUGCAGUCAUAUUAUGGGAUAUGAUUCAAGGAAGUACCCCAGUGGCAACUAUGCCACUCAGGGUCAUAGUGUCCAACAGGAAAAUGGAUAAAGAUAUCUCAAGCAAAGACUCAAACACAUGUUAUGACAAUCUGCUGUCUGAGGAGGUACCGAUGAGAACAGGUGUUUGUUGUGCCGGUUACCGCUCAGAUGGAUCUCUACAUGGGCCACAUGGCUUGUUUAGCUACACCCUCUUUGUAUUUGCUGCCUUGAAAAUAAAAUAUAGCAAUUG